GCGAGACCCGGACAGCGCGGGCGGCGGGGCGGCCACCGGCCCCGGCCCGCGUCUGCGCCCCUGCGCUCCUGCGCGCCGACCCGCCGCGUGCACAGCCAUGGUGGGCCGGCUGAGCCUGCAGGAUGUGCCCGAACUCGUGGACACGAAGAAGAAGGGCGACGGCGUCCUAGACAGCCCGGACUCGGGGCUGCCCCCCAGCCCCAGCCCCAGCCACUGGGGGCUCGCGGCGGCCGGGGGUGGCGGCGGCGGCGGCGGGGAGCGCGCGCCCGCCCCCGGGACCCUGGAGCCCGACGUGGCGGCGACUCCCGCGGCCCCGAAUCCAGUGCUCCUGGCAGCCCCAGCCCCCGGCUGCUCACCAAGGCUGUGUCCCCUGUCCUUUGGUGAAGGAGUGGAGUUUGACCCCUUACCACCAACGGAAAUAAGGUACACCUCCUCCGUCAAGUAUGAUUCUGAGCGGCGCUUCAUCGACGACGUCCACCUGCCCGUGGGCCUGGCUGUGGCCUCGUGCAGCCAGACGGUCACCUGCAUCCCCAACUGCACGUGGCGCAACUACCGCGCCGAGGUGCGCUUCGAGCCCCGCCACAAGCCCACGCGCUUCCUCAGCACCACCAUCGUGUACCCCAAGUACCCCAAGACCGUCUACACCACCACGCUGGAUUACAACUGCCGCAAGACGCUGAGGAGGUUCCUGUCCAGCGUGGAGCUGGAGGCCACCGAGUUCCUGGGCAGCGAAGACCUCGCUGACGAGUGCUGACCCGGCCACCUCGGGAAGCUUCGCACACACAGCAGCUUGUAAUGAGGGAGAGAAUUGGAGUAGUUUUUCUAAAAAAAAAAAAAAAAAUUAUGAAAUUAGUUUUUGAAAGGAGCGCAUGUGCCCCCUGCUGCUGCCGCAGGCUCCCCAGGGGUCUCGGCGCAGGGGCUGGAACCAAAGGGAACAGCGAGAUCUGAAGCGGGGAGGGGGCUGUGCUCCUCGCACUGGGCUGCCCGGGCCCAGGAGGACCGUGGAACAGGACAUCAGGAGGGAGGGGGAAAGUUGAGUUCCAGAAACUGCGUUCCCAGGGGGGUCCUCACAGCAGGGAGAGCCGCGGCGCCCAUAUGGGUUCAAUCUAUGGCGAGCCGAGCGCCCUGCCAUUUUUCAUUUCCAUUUGUGUUUCCUGUUACCAAACUCUUGGAAUUUUCUAAAUCUUGUUUCAUGAUACUGUAAAACCCCCAAACCGCAAUAGGAGAUGCCUUUUUAGGAGGCAAGAAAGGGGGGACAGGGGGGCAUUUUCCCAAAUUCGUGCCUCACUCUGGGGGAGUGCUCAGGCCCCCCCAGAAGCUGUGCUUGGGCACCGCUGCCUUCGGUGGGUGGGUUCUGGGCACCAACCCUGGCCAGGCGCCUCGACCCCUUGGCAUCUGGUCACGUCUCCGUAAGCUUAUGUAACCCUCUGAUAUGUAUUUUGGGGUUUCCAAAUACUUUCCUGUUCUUUUCAUAAUGCAAAACAUAGUGAGGGAAAGCAAUGCUUUGGAAAAACAUUUUUUGGGGACUCCAUGAAGGGGGACCGUGGGCAAUCCCUAGGACGUGGCGUUAGCUGGGAGGAGGAUGCCUAUGUGUCUGGUGAUCUGCUUCACUCAAGGUGGCUGAGCAGGCACUCCAGCUCCUCUCCUUCUUAAGGCGUCAGGGACACCCACACCCCCAGGGUAAGCAGAGGGGAACUCAGAGUAGGGAGUGCUGUCCUGUCACCCCUCACGCCUGGGCUCUGUAGGGUUGGCACACACGUCUCCCAUGUGGAAAUGACCGUCCUGGCACCGAGGACAAGUGAGAGAUCCCUUGUGGACUUCAAGGACCCGCUGAAGCAGGGAUGGGCAGGGCCUGGUGGAUUCUGGGCAACCGUCCUGGCCUGCCCCUCCCUACCCAGCCCUUCCUCCUCCUGCCAAUCCCUGCGGGUUUGUGUGUGUGUGUGUGUGUGUGUGUGUGUGUGUGUGUGUGUGUGUGUGUGUUUAAUGUGGCAGAUGGCUUUUUCUCUUCCAGUGUUGGAAAGAACAAACUGUGGAUAUUUCCUUUGAAUGCAUCCUAGUGCCGUCCAGGGCUCUGGGGCACAGCAUGCCGUAAGCACGGACUCCCACCGGAUCCCCAGGUUUCCGUGGCUGGCUUCCAUCUGUUCUAAAAGCAGAACCAAGAGCUCUCGGGUGCCCUGGAGCCUGAGCGUAGAGCAGGUGUGAUGAUAAUCACCCUCCUUUAAAGCCUGGGGCAGCCUCCAGAGCCAGGCUGGCCGGGUUCACAAUGCUCGGCCUGUCGUCCUCCUAACUGAUUUGAUCUGCUGCCUGCCCGGUGAAGCCGCAGUGCGCUCAGCAGGCUGACGUAGUCAGGGUGAAGCUCGCUGGGGUCCUGUCGGGAGCCCCAGUCUCCCUGCGUCUGGAAGAGCAAAGUAGCCAGCACUUACUGAUAAGAAAGAAAAGGGAAGAAAGGAUGUUUCUCCUCGAUAAGAUCUUGUCGUUGAAGACAAGUGGUAAAUGUAAUUUUUAAAUUAGGUCCUGAGAUUUCUCUAGACUUUACUGGGAGUGAGGGGGGGGCUCCUUUGAGCAUGGAGAGCAGCCAGCAGGAGGCAGAGAGACUGUGUGGGAAAGCACGUCGUUGAGAUGUUGGUUUGGGGGUAAUUUAGUUUGGGCAAAUCCCUACAGAGGUGGAGAGACUCUGAAAUAUAAUAGGAAAGUAAGUAGAAGUGAGAGUCGUGGACGUGUAUGGCAAAUGGACAUGAGGGUUUAAGUUAUUCACUAGGGAUCCAACUGUACUUCUUUCAAAUCCUUCUUUUUCUCCAAACCUUCUUGACUGAUGUUGGCAAAGGCAUAACGGGCCACGUUGGAGAGAAUGAGACGCCAGCAGCCGUCAUGGGGCCGUGUCAGCGUGUCGGGAGAGACGCUGGCUCAGUAAUGGCUUCUGCGGUUAUGGAGUCCGAGAGUGAGGUUGAUUUGUAUUUUCAGAGACAAGUUUUCUUUAUCAAAUCACAGACCUUUCAAAAAGAAUGAGUACCUGUCUCUUCAACACUUCUGUUUUUAACUGUAGGAAACCCAGAAAGGUAUUUGACCAAAACAUAAAUAAAUAAAUAAUGCUAGUUUUUAAAUGUGUCUUUGGUAUCUGUUCCACUCCAUUUUGCUUUGUGACUUUUUUCAUUUAACAAUAAAUUAUC